UGAUUUUAUAGUUUUAUAGACUUAAUUGUUUUAUUGCAUGAUUAAGGACCGUGUUGAUAAACAUCAGCUAUCUAUGAGUGCAAGUGAAAAGUAAAAAUGAUUGUAGAUAAAGUGGUUACUACUGGGCCUGCAUUUAAAGUGCCUAGCCAUUUGUCCUUCGCUCAAUACGCAAUAGACAAAUUAAAGGAUAUAUGCAAAGACAAAGAUUACAAGGAUGGUGUUGCUGUGAUAAAUGCCGACACUGGUCUCAAAAUCACCUUCAAACAAAUUCUCCAAGAGACCGUCAAUGUUGCCAAUGGCCUCAAGAAGUUGGGAGUGAAGAAGGGCGAUGUGAUCGCUCUCUGCAGUGAAAAUAGGGAUGAGUUCUUCCCGAUUGCUCUGGGAGUGCUGUGCUGCGGCGCCACUAUCACUACACUCAAUGUAUUAUACACUAAAGAUGAAAUGACGCACGUACUCAACAUAUCUGGACCAAAAAUAAUAUUUUCUUCAGAAAUAGGAUUAAAAAGAAAUAUUGAAUCUAUAAAAGCAGUCUCGAGUAUCGAGAAAAUUAUUCAAAUUAAUGGCAAGCCGGUCGCGAGCGGCAUUAUUGAGUACAAAAAUGUCGGGGCUUAUGUGAACCCGGAUGAGUUCGAGCCGGAAGAUGUCCAGGGCUGGACUGACGUGGCCUACAUAUUAUACUCCUCUGGCACCACCGGCUUGCCAAAGGGAGUCAUGCUCACACACUUGAACGUGUUGUAUUCGGCUGCCAGUUUUGAGAAAGAGGAGGACCCCCAAAACUCAAUACUACUGACGAUAGUCCCAUGGUAUCACGCGUACGGCUUGAUGUCGUCUAUUAACUACAUCUUAAUCAAGAGAGUUUUGGUGUACCUUAAUGGAUUCAAUCCUCUGAAGUAUUUAAGUACGAUUCAGGACUACAAGGUGACGGCGUUGGCGGCUGUUCCUCCUAUCGUAGUAUUCCUGGCCAAGGCGCCCAUAGUGGAUAAGUACGACCUGUCUUCCGUAACUGUGGUCUGGUGCGGCGCUGCUCCACUCUCUUCAGAAACGAUUGACCAGACAUUAAAGCGUUUGCGCAACUGCAAGGGAAUAUUCCAAGCGUACGGCAUGACGGAGACGUCGUUGGCAGCUACCAAGGACAUCGAUGAUGAUAGCGUUAAGAGGAAGCCUGGAAGUGGAGGGUACCCUCUACCAGGAGUAAAGGUUAAGGUCGUAGACAUAGACACUGGUAAAAAAUUAGGCCCGAAUGAAAAUGGAGAGAUCUGUAUUAAGGGGCCGAUCAUAAUGAAGGGUUACGCUGGCAACGAGGAGGCAACUAAGGCUAUGUUUGAUGCCGAGGGCUACAUGAAGACCGGAGACGUCGGAUAUUACGACAAAGAUGGCUGCUUCUUUAUUGUCGACAGACUAAAAGAACUUAUCAAAUAUAAGGGUCACCAGGUGGCUCCCGCGGCCGUGGAGAGCGUGGUGCUCGGGCACCCGGGCGUGGCGGAGUGCGGCGUGGUGGGCGCGCCCGACGAGGCGGUGGGCGAGCUCACUACCGCCUUCGUGGUCAGGAGGCCUGGAGCCAAAGUCACGGAGAAGGAGCUGCUCGAAUUCGCAAAUGCUCGUUUAUCAGCGGUCUCGAGGCUUCACGGCGGCGUGAUAUUCGUGGAUGACAUCCCCAAGAACCCAUCAGGGAAGAUCGUCAGACGCGCGCUCAAACAAAGACUGUGCGAGAAAGGCAAAAGCAAAUUGUAAAUAUUGUGUGAUAAGGAAAAUAUUAUAUUUGAAGGUUGUUACGAUUGUUGUAAAAUAUUGGGUAAAGUUGGUGAUCAUGUUGAAAAUAAUCUUAUAAAUUAUUAUAACUAUGCUCAAA